AUGUCGCUUUCCUUGGUGGCGUUGCUUGAGUAUGCGCCAUUGAGGCCGUUUACUGGGUUUCCUGCGGUUUUGAGUAGAUCUAGGUUUUUGGAGCAUGCAUUGCAGGUGCUUGAAGUGGCUUGUGGGGUGGGCCGUGAUGGAGCUUUUUGUUAUGGUGAUCAGUUUAGGAUGGAUGAUGUUUAUCCCACUGGGAGGGUUGUGAAUGGAUCGGUGUUAGGGAAUGAGCAACAGUGGAAGAAGGUUAAGCCAUCUGCGAAGAGUGCGGCGGCGAGGACUUUCGAUGACGGCGAUGAUGGCUUCUACUACUGCCGCCUCUGCGGCUCCCAGAGCCAGGACCUCCUCCACACCGCCACCAAUGCCGAGGACGUCGGCGCCCCAGCCGACGGUGCCGUCUACAAUCUCUUCCGCCGCCGCGCCCACAAUGCCCCCUCCACCCCUGUUCCUAAUCUCCCCUCCGGCGAGGACCUCCUCCGAGUCUUAUCCCAGCAACCAACCUCCACCUUCGAUGCGGUGAGGACCUAUUCUUUCAAGACAGAGAAGGAGGAGCCCUCGGAUCCUAGGGAUUUUGGUGACGCCGCUGAGCAAUCGAAGGAUCCCGAGGCCGUGGGGUGCUCAAUCAGGCUCAGGUAUGUGCAGGGCCUGCAGCUGAUGCUCCAGCUCCAGUGCGACACGCUAGUCGAGCGGUUCAAUGUCAGCAACUCGAUUCGUAGGAUUGCUACACUUGUUUGGAUGAGACACCUAAUUCGUUCUGGUUUUCUUGAAGGGAAUUGGAUCAGGAGUGUGCUCUCUGCUAAUGGAUUGUAUGUGGAGAAAAAGGAAAUUGCCAGGCUUGUCAAGGGUAAACUCAAAGUAAAAGUUGUCAAUUUGAACAAGAAAAGAGCAUCAAGGAUUUGGCUUUACUCGCUGAGGAAGGCGAUGCCGAUUUAUACUACAUUGGCUAUUUCGUUCUUGGCUUGUCACCUGGCAAAAGAGCCUAUUCUUCCGACUGAUGUAACAGAGUGGGCAUUAGAUGGGAAACUGCCAUACCUUGCUGCAUUUGUUGAAAUUGAUAGAGAUCUUGGGUACUCUUGCACUAAUCAUUUGUGGAACUCGAGGACUUUGUUCAGGCCUGUCCGAACUAUUGGAGCUUGGCAAUUAGAAGUUACGGCAGCUUCUAUUGCACGACUUGUUGGUUUACGCCUUCGUCCAGUGAACUUCAAUACGAUUGCCUCUCGCUAUCUUAAGGAGCUUCACCUUCCAGUGGACAAGAUAUUUCCAUCUGCUUGCAAGCUUUAUGAAUGGUCGAUGCCUGCAGAAUUGUGGUUGUCCAGUAAUAUGUAUAGAUUUCCGACUCGUAUAUGUGUAAUGGCAAUACUUAUUGUGAUUAUUAGAAUUUUGUAUAAUAUUCAUGGACAAGGGACAUGGGAGAGGAUUGUUUCUGGUUUGAGUAAAUGUGGCACACAGGGUCCGGUGGAUGCUAAAUCAGAUUGUGAUAAUCUGGGUUAUGUGCCUGAAUCUUGGAAGGGACUUGAUGAUUCUCAACAACUUGGAUUUACUCCAGGCUUAUCUUCACAAGAGAACUUAUCAGAAACACAAACUUCUGAUUUCAAUGCUGAAGAGUUGUUGGCAGAACUUGAAGCUGGGUAUUCUAAAAUCUGCACAAACCCUGAUCAUUUAAAAGACCUGCGGUCUUACCUCAAAUACUGUGGUAAUACUAUUUUUGCUGGUUUAACGUCAACAUCUACUGAGAGGAAUAUGAUAGAAAGAUUGUGGGAGAUUUAUGAUAAUCAAGAGGAUGAGGGACCUAUUUAUGAUAUAAAAGAAGGAUUAGUCAACCUGGGAAAGAGAUCGAGGGAUGAAUUACCUUCAUUCUUAGAUGACAAUGGCUUUGAUGAUUGUACUGAUCGCGUGAUGGGUGAUCCACCGGUAUCAGAAAUUUUAGGUGAUGAUAAAGGAGAUGCAAUUCAAAAGAUGAAGUUGAGUAUGGAGGGGAAUGGGUUCAGAUACCUUCCACCAAGGGGUCGGCAAAAGACAAAUGAUUAUCUGCAUUAUAGGAGGCAGCUAGCAGAUGGAAAACUAAUUUUUGUUGCACAUGCGGAUUACUAUGUUUUGCUUUGUUCUUGUGCUAAGGUAGCCAGAAUUGAUCCCAGGAUUUUGCAUUUGGGUGUCAUGAAGCUUGAACGCAGACUUGACUCUAUUGAAAAGCAAUUCCCAGACAAUUCUCAUAACCCGGUCGAUGAUAAGUUGUGAAAACAUUCUUUGACUAUGUUAAUUGUUCUCAACGUUUUUUGUGCG